GAAAGAGAAGGGAAGAUGUAGAGUUCUGAUCAGAUCCAAAUAAUGUAAGCAUAAGUAGGCAUCUCCAAGUUCCUAGAGAUGCAUUUCUAAUUGCAUACUAACUUCCCAAUAUGGAGGUCAUCUGCAACCGCAACGACGUCAAUUCUCAACACAUUUCCAAUGGUGUAAAGGAGUACCUAUGCUCGUUCCCUCCCGGCUAUCGCUUCAUUCCCCGUGACGAUGAGCUCAUUGUGGAUUAUCUCCUUAAAAAACUCAUCGGACAACCCUUGCCACCUAACAAGAUUGUCGAAGUCACUCUCUAUCAAUACAACCCCGCCCAUCUCGUUGAGAGAUAUAUGGAUGACGGGACUAAAGAGUACUAUUUUUUCACGCCAAGAAAAAUGAAGUAUCAAAAAGGGAAUCGCUCGAGCCGCUCAACAAAUGAUGGUUAUUGGAAGGCUACUGGAAUCGAUAAACUCAUUAGACAUGGCGAUAUAGUGGUGGGUUUCAAGAAAGUUCUAGUCUUUUACGAGGGAAAAGCCCCCAAGGGAAUCAAAACCAAUUGGGUAAUGUAUGAGUAUCGGGUCAAUCACACCACACCCGACACAAGGAGGGCUCAGAAUGAGAUGCAGUUGAAUGACUGGGUUUUAUGCAAAAUUUAUAAGAAAAGGGAAAAGUCUGAUGGCAGCAUCAACAAGAAGCAUACUGAAUACGAUGAUAUGAUCUCUUUCAGUAGUGUGGACGAGUACCUGGACUCGUUUCCUCCCGGCUAUCGCUUCUCCCCUCUUGAUCAUGAACUCAUUGUGCAUUACCUCAUUAAGAAAGUUGUUGGCGGUCCUUUGCCUCCCAACAAAAUUCUUGAAGUCACUCUCUACCAACACAACCCUGCCUACCUCGCUGGAAGUAUCGAAAUGGGCGCUUGCCGAAUCGAGGGACAGGGGAUGGAUACUGGAAGGCUACUGGAGCUGACAAACCAAUCCAUCAUGAUGGUGCAACGGUUGGGUAUAGGAAAGUUUUGGUCUUCUAUGAGGGAAAACCUCCCAAGGGCAAUAAAACUAAUUGGGUAA